UUCAUUUAUCAAAUAUUAAACAAUAUAUCCUCUCUAUAAAAUCCCACACUAACACCUAAUCUUCUUCACACCAAAAAUAUCCAACUAGUUCAAAGCCUAAUCCACCUUUCUCUCCUUAAUUAGCCAAACACCAAUCAUGGCAUCAAUACUAUACUCUUUGAUCUUAUUUUGCUUGAUCACUUUGUCAUUAUCAUUAGACAUGUCAAGUGGACGUAGUAACAAGGAGGUUAUGACCAUGUACGAGAAAUGGUUAGUAAAACACCAAAAAGUGUAUAACGGAUUAGGAGAGAAAAAUCAAAGGUUUCAAAUAUUUAAGGAUAAUUUAAAAUUCAUAGAUGAGCACAAUGCUCAAAAUCACAGUUAUAGAGUUGGAUUGAACGAGUUUGCAGAUAUAACUAAUAAAGAAUAUCGUGACAUGUAUUUGAGCAGGAGGAUUAAUAAUAAUAUGAAAAAUAAGAUUACCAGUGAACGAUAUGCUUAUAAGGCAGGUGAUAAUAAUAGAUUGCCCGUGUCUGUUGAUUGGAGAGGGGCUCUUGGUACUAUAAAAAAUCAAGGAAGUUGUGGAGCUUGUUGGGCGUUUUCCACAGUAGCGGCAGUGGAAGCGAUUAACAAGAUAGUGACAGGGAGGUUUGUGAAUUUGUCUGUACAAGAGCUUGUGGACUGUGAUAGAAAAAAAAAUUUAGGGUGUAAUGGUGGUCUCGAGGGCAACGCGUACGAAUUCAUGGUUGAAAAUGGUGGCCUUGACACAGAGACAGAUUAUCCAUACCUAGGACGGGGGAGCACAUGCAAUCAAGUAAAAAAAAAUACCAAGGUAGUGAGCAUCAAUGGUUAUAAGUAUGUUCAACGAAAUAAUGAAAGUGCAUUAAUGGAAGCUGUGGCUAAUCAACCUGUCAGCGUUGGUAUUGAGGCAUAUGGAAUAGAUUUUCAACUCUACGAAUCGGGUGUGUUCAACGGUAGAUGUGGGACAUGGUUAGAUCAUAGUGUGGUGGUUGUUGGAUAUGGUUCUGAAAAUGGUUUAGAUUAUUGGUUGGUGAGGAACUCGUGGGGGACUAAAUGGGGUGAAGCUGGUUACUUCAAGAUGGAGCGUAAUGUGAAAGACCCUGUUGGAAUGUGUGGAAUCGCAAUGGAUGCUACAUACCCAACUAAGCUUCGUAAAAAUUCUGAAGUUACUAAUUCUGGUUAUGAAAAAACUCAAAUGCUUGUACCAGUGCUUGAAACACCAUCAUACCUUGCUUAGUAUGCCUAUUGGAUUAUAAUAUAUGUCUAUAUUUGAUUACUUUCGUAAUAAUCAGUUUUCAAUUCCAAUGUUUAAUCCAUAUGUAUUGAACUCAGAGUGCUAGUUGUACUUUGGAUUUAAAUACAAGUAAUUGAAUUUUCUUCUA